AUGUGGGAUUCUUUAGGAAACUUGUUUGUUAGGACUCAAGAUAACGAUGAAGAAGCCUUGCAGUUGGCUGCAUUGCAACGAUCACCCACAUUUGUUAGGGCCCGGACGUCGGUGUUUAGGAACUAUGGUGGUGAGUUUACUCUUGUUGAUGUUAGUAAACUUGAUGAUGAAGAGAAGAAAGUUGUGUUGGAUAGGUUGGUUACUACUGUGAAGUCGAAUCCAGAAGUGUUCUUUGAUAGAAUCCGACAGCGUUUUGAUAAUGUUGAUUUGAAAUUUCCAAAAGUCGAGGUUCGGUUUGAAAACUUGGAGAUAGAUGCAUUUAUACAUGUCGGGAGCAGAGCAUUGCCCACGUUGCCAAAUUCUGUAUGUAACAUGACUGAGGCUUUCUUGAGGAAAUUAAGGAUUUUCCCUGGCAAAAAAAAGAAACUGAGUAUAUUAAACGACAUCAGUGGUAUCAUUAGGCCUUCCAGAUUAACUCUCCUUUUGGGUCCUCCAAGCUCUGGAAAAACGACACUGCUUUUGGCUCUUGCAGGACGUCUUGGGCAAGAUAUAAAGGUGUCUGGAAAAAUCACAUAUAAUGGGCAUGAACUAAAUGAGUUUGUUCCUCAAAAAACUUCUGCAUAUAUCAGCCAGCAAGAUUGUCAUAUGGCUGAAAUGACAGUCAGAGAGACGCUUCAAUUUGCAGAAAAAUGCCAAGGUUUUGGUCAUAAACAAGGUAUGAUUAUGGAACUUUUGAGAAGAGAAAAGAAUGCCGGUAUUAGACCUGAUGAAGAUCUUGACAUUUUUAUAAAGACAGUGGCACUUGGAGAAAACGAGACAAGUCUUGUAGUGGAAUACCUUAUGAAGAUUUUAGGAUUGGAUAUCUGUGAGGAUACACUAGUAGGAGAUGAAAUGCGUAAAGGGAUCUCUGGAGGUCAAAUGAAGCGGUUGACCUCAGGAGAAUUGCUUGUGGGACCAUCACGGGUUCUUUUUAUGGAUGAGAUAUCAACCGGGCUUGACAGUUCAACUACCUAUCAAAUUAUUCAGUAUCUUAAACAUGCAACUCGUGCUCUUGAUGGAACAACUGUCAUCUCUUUGCUGCAACCAGAUCCUGAGACAUUCGAGCUGUUUGAUGAUUUGAUUCUACUGUGUGAAGGUCAGAUUGUAUACCAAGGUCCACGUAAUGCUGCAGUGGCUUUCUUUGCUUCAAUGGGCUUUCACUGCCCAAAGAGGAAAAACGUAGCAGAUUUUCUGCAAGAAGUUACAUCAGUAAAAGAUCAGGAACAGUAUUGGGCACUUGAUGAGCGUUAUGAAUAUGUUUCUGUUGAAAAGUUUGUGGAAGCAUUUCAGUCAAAUUUUCUUGGUAGUUCGUUGUCAAGGGAACUAGCUAUUCCCUUUGAUAGACGACAUAAUCACCCAGCAGCUCUUUCUACAAGCACUUACGGUGUGAAAAAAAUGAGGCUACUGAAGAAUAGUUUCUCAUGGCAAAUGUUACUUCUAAAACGCGAGUCAUUUAUUUAUAUCUUCAGAUUCUUGCAGCUUAUGUUGGUUGUUGUAAUCAUGACAAGUGUAUUUUUUCGUACAACGAUGCAUCAUAAUUCACUUGAUGAUGGCGGAGUUUAUCUUGGUGCUCUUUACUUUGCGAUUGUUAUGAUUUUGUUCAAUGGCUUCAUGGAGGUCCCUAUGUUGAUAGCCAAACUUCCUGUUAUCUACAAGCACCGUGACUUGCACUUUUAUCCAUGUUGGGUUUACACCCUUCCUUCAUGGAUUUUAAGUAUUCCCUCAUCUAUUAUAGAAUCUGGUGUUUGGGUAGCGGUCACAUAUUAUCUCGUUGGCUUUGACCCUCAAUUUUCUCGAUGUUUGAAGCAGUUCUUGCUGUACUUCUCGUUACACCAAAUGUCGAUUGGCCUUUUCCGUGUGAUGGGAUCAUUAGGAAGAAAUAUGAUAGUAGCCAACACUUUUGGAUCUUUUGCCAUGCUUGUUGUCAUGGCACUUGGAGGAUUCAUACUUUCUAGAGAUAGUAUCCCUGCUUGGUGGAUAUGGGGUUACUGGUUUUCUCCUUUGAUGUAUGCUCAAAAUGCAGUUUCAGUCAAUGAAUUUUUGGGGGAUACUUGGAAUAAGGCAGCUGGAAACAAUACUGACAUCCCUCUAGGGACAAUGCUACUAAAAAUCAGAAGUUUGUUUCCGGAGGAUUAUUGGUACUGGAUAGGAGUCGGUGCUUUGCUUGGUUACACGAUUCUAUUCAAUGUUCUCUUCACAUUAUUCCUUACGUAUCUCAAUCCUCUUGGAAACCAUCAAGCGGUUGUCCCCCGGGAGACCACCAAAGUACAGAAAAGAAAUGGGAUUGUAUCUGCUAUUAUCGAGUUAAAAGAUUACAUACAGCGGUCACCUUCAUAUGCUGGCACUGAAGUCCAAAGCCAGAGAGGAAUGGUUCUUCCAUUUCAACCUCUUGCCAUGUCUUUCCGCAACAUUAGCUAUUACGUGGAUGUCCCAGGGGAACUGAAGCAACAAGGCCUAUCACUCAACAAGUUGCAAUUAUUGGUCAAUGUAACUGGAGCAUUUAGGCCUGGUGUCCUUACUGCAUUGGUCGGUGUCAGUGGUGCUGGAAAAACUACUCUUAUGGAUGUUUUAGCCGGUAGAAAAACUGGUGGCCAUAUCUCGGGCCAGAUAUACGUAUCGGGUUACCCCAAAAAUCAAGAAACAUUUGCAAGGAUUUCUGGUUACUGUGAACAAAAUGAUGUUCACUCCCCAUGUUUGACUGUUUACGAAUCGCUAAUGUUUUCAGCUUCACUUCGGUUACCUUCACAUAUUGGCGUAGUGACACGAAGGGACUUCGUAGCAGAGGUUAUGGAACUUGUUGAACUAGUUCCACUCAAGGAAGCAUUGGUUGGUCUCCCUGGAGUGGAUGGACUAUCAACAGAACAACGAAAAAGACUAACGAUUGCAGUUGAGCUAGUUGCAAAUCCUUCUAUCGUAUUUAUGGAUGAGCCGACGUCAGGACUGGAUGCUCGGGCUGCUGCCAUUGUGAUGAGAACAGUCAGAAAUAUAGUCAACACAGGACGGACAAUUGUUUGCACCAUUCAUCAACCCAGCAUUGAUAUUUUUGAAUCUUUUGAUGAGCUUUUACUGAUGAAACGAGGCGGGAAGCUUAUAUAUGCUGGACCUUUGGGCACCGGGUCUCAUAAAGUUGUUCAGUUUUUUGAGGCAGUAAAAGGAGUUUCUAAGUUAAAACAGGGAUCUAAUCCUGCUGCUUGGAUUCUUGAGGCCACUUCAUCGACGGAAGAAAAACGCCUUGAUGUAGAUUUUGCUGAAGUUUACCGUGAAUCAAAUCUAUAUAUGCAAAACCAAGAACUAGUUGAAAACUUAAGCAGACCAGAUAGAGAUUCAAAAUUUCUGAGCUUCCCGACCAGAUAUUCUCAGUCAUUUUCAGGCCAGUUUUUGGCAUGCCUUUGGAAGCAAAAUCUGUCAUAUUGGCGGAACCCACAAUAUACCGCUGUACGAUUUUUCUACACAGUCAUCAUUUCUUUGAUGUUUGGGACAAUGUGCUGGAAAUUUGGUUCUAAAAGGGAAACACAGCAGGACAUUUUCAAUGCAAUGGGAUCAAUGUAUGCAGCAGUUUUAUUCAUUGGAAUCACCAAUGCCGCCUCUGUGCAACCGGUGGUUUAUGUUGAAAGAUCAGUUUCCUACCGAGAGAGGGCAGCAGGGAUGUAUUCCGCCUUACCAUUUGCAUUUGCACAGGUUGCAAUAGAGUUCCCUUACGUGUAUAUGCAGUCGUUCAUUUACAGUCUUAUCUUCUACUUUCUGGCUUCGUUUGAAAGGAAUUUAUUGAAACUCUUUUGGUACAUUUACUUCAUGUACUUCACCUUGCUAUACUUUACCUUCUUUGGAAUGGUAACUAUCGCUGUUACACCCAACCAUAACAUUGCUGCCAUCGUUGCUGCUCCAUUUUAUAUGAUGUGGAAUCUUUUCAGCGGAUUUAUGAUUGCUCGAAUGAGGCUUCCUGUAUGGUGGAGAUGGUAUUAUUGGGCAAAUCCAGUAGCAUGGAGUUUGUAUGGCCUUUUGACAUCACAAUACGGAGAUGUGAAUGAACCCUUGAUGCUUGCUGAUGGUUCUAAUUCGGUCCCAUUGAAACAGUUUCUUGAAGACCAGUUUGGGUAUCGUCUUGACUUCUUAGGCGUUGCUGCCACUGCAGUGGUCGGUUUCUGCCUUUUGUUUGCAGUCACAUUUGCAUUUACUAUGAAAUCCUUCAACUUCCAAAGAAGAUGA